CCCUCCUCUCAGUUACAAUGACCCGCACCCUCUGCUUGAGCUUCCUCCUCACGCUGCUGCUGUCCCUCUCCUGUCCCGCUCGUGCUGAACCUCGACGGACCACGUCCUCUCAGCGCAGGGCGGCUCGCGCACCAGCCGCGAAGGUGCGUUUGGCGGGCAACUUUGGGCGAGAACCGCACGAAGGGCGCGUGGAGGUGCUUCACAACAACACCUGGGGGACAGUCUGCGACGAUGAAGUGGACAUCAAAAUGGCCAACGUGGUGUGCCGAGAGUUGGGCUUCCAGGGUGGUAUAACGUGGGCGCACAGCGCAAAGUAUGGAGAAGGAGAGGGCCCAAUAUGGAUGGAUAAUGUACGCUGUGACGGCUCAGAGAAGUCCUUGAAGGACUGCAAACACAACGGUUGGGGUGUAAAUGACUGUAAACACUCUGAAGACUUGGGGGUGGUGUGCACCGCUGAGCGCAGGCUGGAUCAGACAGCAAGUAGAGGCCACACCACCGCCGCCAGGCCCAAUGGCAGCCCCGCACCUCAGUGGCAGGGCCUUGUGGCCAGCCGCAGGCAUCCGGGAUAUGGCUAUCAUGGAAACGGACAUCAAUAUGAGAUCCCCAGGUUACAAAGGCACUAUCAGGGUCAAAGUAAGGUGCAAAUCGAGGAGGUCCGUCUUCGUCCCAUCCUCAUGGCUACCAAGAGGAAAAGCCUGAUCACGGAGGGUGUGGUGGAAGUGAAGCAUGCUGGGAGAUGGAGGCAGGUUUGUGACCUGGGUUGGAGUCUCAACAGUAGCAGGGUUGUGUGUGGGAUGCUUGGCUUUCCAGAGGCUACAAAGCACAACGUCCGGACAUACAAGAAAAUAUGGGAUACCAAGGUUGCAGAUCCUUCAACAAGAUUGAGCAUCAUGUCAAAGAAGAAGGGAUUCUGGGUGGAAAAAGUUCACUGUCUGGGCACAGAGAACACCCUGUCAGAGUGCCUUGCUCAGCUAUCAAUCCCCCGUAGUCCUGUUCCUUGUAAGAACGGGAGACAUGCAGUGGUCAAAUGUGUACCAGGACCUCAGUUUGCUCGCAUCUCCUCAGGAAGACCCCAGGCCCCCCAUCCAGUUGUGCCUGUGCGUCUGAAGGCUGGCCCUAGGCUGGGUGAGGGUCGCGUGGAGGUGCUUCGAGACGGAAAAUGGGGGACCAUCGUGGACCACAUGUGGGAAAGAACUGCAGCCAGCGUGGUGUGCAGAGAACUGGGCUUCGGUACUGCGAAGGAUGCCCUGCAUGGAGCCUUUAUGGGUCAAGGUACAGGACCUAUUCAUAUGAACAGUGUCCAGUGUAUGGGGUCAGAGCGCUCCAUCCUAGACUGCUACUUCCAGGAAGUCCAACCCUGGACAUUCAAACACAGCCAGGAUGCCUCAGUCCGCUGUAACAUCCCUAAGACUGGCAUAGAGAACACGGUGCGGCUUGCUGGUGGUAGAGUCCCAUCAGAAGGCCGUGUGGAGGUGUUGCUAGAGGUUGGAGGGCGUAAGCGCUGGGGCUCUAUCUGUAGUGAGAACUGGGGCAUCAACGAGGCCAUGGUGGUAUGCAGACAGCUCGGCCUGGGCUUCGCUGCCAGCGCUCAUCAGGAGACCUGGUACUGGUCCGGUGACCCAAAUGCAGCUGAUGUGAUUCUCAGUGGAACUCACUGUGUGGGAACAGAGCUUUCAAUUCAACAGUGCCGUCGCAACAACCAUGUCCAUUGUCCCCGAGGAGGUGGAACCAAGGCCGCUGGGGCAACAUGUUCAGACACGGCACCUGACCUCGUUCUGGAUGCCCAGCUUGUCCAGGAAACAGCCUACCUGGAAGACCGACCUCUCCACCUGCUGACCUGUGCCAAUGAGGAGAACUGUCUGUCCUCGUCUGCUGCCAGAAUGAACUGGCCUUACGGCCACCGACGCCUGCUACGCUUCUCAUCCCGCAUCAUGAACAUGGGUCGGUCCGAUUUCAGACCCAAAGCAACAAGAGAGAGCUGGACAUGGCACCAGUGUCACAGGCACUACCACAGCAUCGAGGUGUUCACUCAUUACGACCUGCUGACUCUGAAUGGCACCAGGAUUGCAGAGGGACACAAGGCCAGUUUCUGUCUGGAGGAUACAUACUGCCCUGACGGACUCCAGAAGCGGUUCUCCUGCUAUAACAUGGGUGAUCAGGGUAUCUCUGUGGGCUGCUGGGAUACGUAUCGCCACGAUAUUGACUGUCAGUGGAUUGAUGUGACAGAUGUACGGCCAGGAGACUACAUCUUCCAGGUGGAAGUCAACCCCUCGAUGGACAUGGCCGAGUCUGACUUCAUGAACAAUGUCAUGAGAUGUCGGUGCAAAUAUGAUGGCCACAGAGUUUACAUGUAUGGAUGUCAUGCAGGCGAUGCAUACAGUGCAGAGAUUGAAGAUCUGUUUGAGCACCAGAGGCAAAUCACCAACAACUUUGUGUAGCCCAUCCCAGGGCCCAGAUUUAAGGCCUUCCAGUGGGGCCCAGAGACUACUCAGGUUGGGCUGAGGUCGAUGGCCCCAGGCCCUUGGGACCUUAGGACCCACAAUAACAGAGAACACACAAAAUGGCUCCUGUUCAUCUCUUUGACAUAUGUGGAUAAAAAAUUCAUAAGCUCAUCACAACAGCGACCAUUGCAGAGACUCCAUUAACAACAAGAGUGGAAUAGUUGCCAGACAGCUUAACUUGUUUUUUUUUUACUGUAGUUAAGUAAGAAGAUAUUGGAUAUUGAUUUAAAAUAUACAGACUUUUGUGAACGUGGAGGACUAGCAAAAAUUACUAUAAUUGGCUCAGUUGGCAUUAUUUUACCCAAAUUCUUUACUUAUUGAAUCAUUUGUAACUGUGGCCAUAUUGGUGCUCUUUAACAAUACUGUAUGUCGUUAGAUUAACCUCACUACUUUUCAGGUGAACAGUGUUGUACAAUGCAUGUUGGCUAGUCUUCUUUUACAGUUAAUCAGGUGUUUUACUAUUGCUUUGGUUUUAACAAAAUUGUCGUUUUAUAAAAGCGUAGUCGUGCUACAAAGUUUUGCUUCUCAUCUAGAGAAGGUAAGAUGCGGUCUAAUUAUUUUUAUGGAACAAAGCACUUUAUCUUUUAAACAUCAGUAUUCUAGUUUUGCCCAUAUACUUUUUUAAUCAGCUACCAAAUUGACUUUUUUAGAGUGUGUCUAAAAAAAAUACUCUAUUGUGUUUUACAUUUCGGAAAGUGAAAUAUAAGGUUUGUGUUUAGUUUUCAUAUACUAUGUACUAUUUAUGCUGUAACUUUAUUUAUUCAUGGACUUCACACAUACACAGCAUACUCAGUAAAGAGUUUGUUAGCUAGCUUUUAAUUAACAAUACUGAAUAUUUUUAGUUUUUCUGACAUAAUUAACCGGGUAGAAAAAAUCAUUUCAUACAUUAGUUACAGGAUAUAGUUUUAGAAUGUUCCCAUGAUGCAGAUAAAUAAUUGCUGAUUUAUUUUAUUUUAGUUAUUAAAACAACUGCAACUGUAAAGUUUUUCUCUUCCAGCCUCUCUGAUGGGAGGGAAAACCAGCCUGACAAAACCGCAGUAUUGUGGUUGGCAGGCAGGCAGGGUUUUGAGAGCAUAUAAAAAGGCUUUUAAUUACGUCUGUUUGGGUUAGACUUAAGGUUACGGUUAAGGUUAGGGCUAUAGCACGUGCUUUAUGAAGAAACACUAUGGAAUUGUUACUUGUGGUAUCAUUGAAAAGGCAAGAAUCUGGAUCUUAACUACAAGAAAGAUUCUGAGAGAUUGAUUGACAGAAAGAAUGAGAAAGUAAGACAGAAAGAGAGAAAGGGAUGAAGUUUAGAGAAAGACUUAUGCAGACAUACACUUUUUACUACCAGAGCUGCCUUUUUGUAGGCAGCCAUACAGAGACCACAAGCUGGCAUUUUCAGCUCCCCAACGAGAACAACAUGUUUGUCUGGGAGAAAAAAUAAACUCCUCAAUUCAUGCAUCAACACAGUAAACAGUGGCCUUAUUUUUACCAAAGCUGGGCCUGCUAAAAUAUACUGUAUCUUUCUACGAUUUUUUUUGCUCACUUUUUAGCUCCACACCAAACAAUGAUGCAGCUCCAUUUUCUUUAUGAUAUGGGACUUGUGUUAAUCAUGUUUUUUACCCCAUUAAUGUGUUUGAUGUAUUUAGCUUAUUGUCUUAGUGGUUCAACAUGUUAAGACUUUUUCUAAUGGACAGUUUCCAGGACCUGUUGUGGAAAGGACACGUCACUCAUAAAGAGAAAAACUGUAGACUUAAUUAAAUUCUUUAGCAGAUUGUUGUCCCCACCGUUCUUUCAUGAUUUUCACUCCUCGAAAAAAGCUUGGAAAGAAUUUGUAUCAUCACACUGGCCAAACACACACAAAAAGACUUUUGGAGGUACAAAUGUUUGAUGAUAGCCCUGAGUGCUUGCUGAUAUGCUUCCCUGUUGUUUUGUGCUUGUGUACAGUUGCUUUUGACAUAUUACCAAGGUCUGUUCAGUGUGUUAUUUAAAAUGAUAUACCAUUCCAUAGCAAAUGUUGGUUCACAUUCACUACUCAUCAUAUUACUGUAUUUGUACCCAUGCUAUAGGCAUAGCACUGGGACAUUGUUUUCCAUGGCCAGUUAUGCUUUCAUUUUGUCUUUAAAGCUGAGAGUGUGAGCUACGUGGUGCUUAACUCUAAUCACAUUCAUAGAAAGCUGGGCUCUCAGGGACUUUGACCUCAUCUAAAGAUUAAUUUUAAUGUUUCAUUUGAUGUGAUUUAGGUUGCUUUUUAGCUGUGAUAAAAACAUCAUGACACCAAAUGAACUGGAGCUGGAGGGUUUGUUUGUUUUUUGUCAGUACUCUUACAAAAACUAAUCUGUACCCACAUGUUUAUUUUGCAGGUAAAAAUUUAAGGUAUGAAGGUGAUAAGCUUUGUUACAUUUUUUUUUCUUGAGAAAUGUUAGGACAACUGUGGAUAGACACUGGCUGACUCAGAAGCACAUUUCAGUUUAAGAACAAAACACAAUCCAUUCAUUCAUCAUUACUGUGAAUCAAUAAAACUUCAUCACAUACCAA